AUGAGGGAUCGUGAUCAAGAUCAAAUCCCCCUGGAUAAAGGUUCUCCAAAAAAAGCUCAUUUAUCUAGGAGUGAAGCUUCAGGGUUGGCCACCCCCUUUCUCAAACUGCUCGUCAUCCUUCAUACUCGAAUUCUUCAAACUCCCGAGGAACUCGUUGUUGAUAUCUUUAAGGAGGAUCUGAAUUUCCUUCAUAAUCUUCAUGAGGCAGAUAAAAUAGAGCUUCUUUCUGAUGUUACCUUUUAUAACUAUUGGGCGGCCUCCUUAUUUUCUCUUGUUACUGGUAGUCAGAGUGACAUCCUAGCCAUGGGUAAUCCUUCUAAGGAUAGGGAUACCUGGAAGGAAAAAUGUGAAGCUAUAAAGGAGGAGGCAAAGAUUCAUGACUCCCCUUUUAAUUUGGCUUCUAGAAUUGAUGAACUUGAGGGCUAUCUAGAGGCUAAGAAGAAGCAUCAUCAAGAAACUUCGAUUGCCGCUACCGAGGCCCACUCCCGUGCUUACCAAGCUCUAAACACAUUUUCACAGGAGUAG